CUGGGCAAUUCGCGCUUCUUGUCGCUGCGGGUAUCAAAUUAAUUCCCGGUGCCUUACGUCCCAGGCGCACGACUAAUGCACGCACACGGCUCAGAAUUGCUGUUUCCUUUCACCGGGGAGCAAUCCUGUGGGCUGACCUAUUUUUGAAGCUUCAGCUCCUUGCUUGGCCCGCUAAAGUCGCGAAGACACCUUGCACUUUCUGACCAGGGUGCACUACGCCUUGCGUACUCUCUCUCUCUCUCGGCCCCUAACCGCCAAACCUCCACGACGCCCACUUCUCCGUCAAUUGCUGGGCUUCUCUUCAUACUCUCGUUAACAACAACUUUGUCCUUAGCGUUCGUAAUAGCUCCCAGCUCGGCCUGAUCGAUUCGCACCACCCUUUUCUCACGCCGCCGCCAUGGCGAACCGGACGGCAGCAAGCUCCCAUCUGGCACAAAAGGCCGACACGCGCCGACCCGGAAAGUCCCCCUCGCGAUCUCCAGCACCGAGCGGGCGCCAGCAGCACGCGCAGAAGGUUCCCAGCUACGCAUCGGAGGGGGUGAUGGAUCAUGACAUUUUCAAUCUGCCCGGCUCCGACUGGCAGCUGCUGGGCCUGCUGAUCCUGGUCGCGUCGGUGGUGCGUCUGUUCAGGAUCUACCAGCCCAGCAGUGUCGUGUUCGACGAGGUCCAUUUUGGUGGAUUCGCGUCUAAAUACAUCAAAGGCAAAUUCUUCAUGGAUGUCCACCCACCGCUAGCGAAGCUUUUGAUUACGUUGGCGGGAUGGCUGGCCGGAUUCGACGGGAACUUCGACUUCAAGGACAUCGGAAAGGACUACCUCGAACCGGGCGUUCCUUAUGUCGCCAUGCGCCUGUUGCCCGCAAUCUGCGGUGUUCUUAGCAUUCCAACCAUGUUCCUGACUCUUAAGGCCACGGGCUGUCGAACGACCACGGCUGCUCUUGGAGCCGGCCUCGUCAUAUUUGACAACGCGCUCACCACUCAGUCGCGUCUUAUCCUUCUCGAUUCCCCUCUCGUCCUCUUUACCGCAAUGACUGCCCUGUCAUGGACAAGCUUCAUGAACCAGCAUGAGCAGGGCCCGUCGAAGGCAUUCCAGCCAUCCUGGUGGUUCUGGCUGGCAGCGACUGGCGUCAGUCUUGGAGCCACCUUUAGCGUCAAGUGGGUUGGAUUGUUCACAAUCGCGUGGGUUGGAAGCUUGACUCUUUUGCAAUUGUGGGUUCUCCUUGGGGAUACGAGGAGCGUCACUCCGCGACUUUGGUUCAAGCACUUUUUCGCCCGCCUCUUCUGCUUGGUCGUAAUCCCGUUAACCUUCUACAUGGCCAUGUUCGCGAUCCACUUCACUUGCCUCGUCAAUCCCGGCGAUGGAGAUGGCUUCAUGUCCUCAGAGUUUCAGGCUACAUUGAAUUCCAAGGGAAUGCAGGACGUGCCAGCCGAUGUCGCCUUUGGCAGCCGUGUAUCAAUCCGUCACUGGAACACCCAGGGUGGUUAUCUCCACUCUCACAGCCACAUGUAUCCGACCGGUAGCAAGCAGCAGCAGAUUACGCUGUACCCGCACAAAGAUGAGAACAAUAUCUGGAUCCUCGAGAACCAAACUCUCCCCGAAGUUCUUGAUGGUCCGAAGCCUGAAGGCCCAAAGGCUUGGGAUAAUAUGGGCCCGAUCAACAUCGAGGAUGGCGCCGUAAUCCGACUGUAUCAUAUCACUACCGAUCGUCGCCUCCAUUCGCAUGACCAACGACCACCUGUCACGGAGGCAGAUUGGCAGAACGAAGUGUCCGCGUACGGUUAUGAAGGUUUUGAGGGCGAUGCCAAUGAUUUCUUCCGCGUUGAAAUCAUUAAGAGCAUGUCCGACGGUGCUGAAGCAAAGAAGCGUCUGAGGACCAUCCAAACCAAGUUCAGGCUUGUCCACCUGAUGACCGGUUGUGUACUCUUUUCCCACAAAGUUAAGCUUCCAGAUUGGGCCUUCGAACAGCAGGAAGUGACCUGCGCUCGCGGAGGCACUCUGCCGAACAGCAUUUGGUACAUCGAGGGCAAUGUUCAUCCCUUGAUGAGCAGCCAAGCCAAUGUAGAAAAGGUCAACUACCGCAACCCAGGCUUCUUUGGUAAAUUCUGGGAGCUCCAGAAGGUUAUGUGGAAAACGAACGCUGGUCUCGUGGAGUCUCAUGCGUGGGACUCAAGGCCGCCUUCGUGGCCAGUUCUCCGCCGCGGCAUCAACUUCUGGGGGAAGCACAACCGCCAGAUCUACCUCCUCGGUAAUCCCGUUAUAUGGUGGAGCACCACCGCCCUCAUUGGCCUCUAUAUCGCUAUCAAAGGUCUUGCGGUACUCCGGUGGCAGCGCGGAUACCGUGACUACUCCAAUGUCACGUUCAAGCGCUUCGACUAUGAAGUUGGCAUGUCCAUCCUCGGAUGGGCCUUCCACUACUUCCCCUUCUACCUGAUGGCACGCCAACUGUUCCUUCAUCACUACCUCCCAGCCCUGUACUUUGCAAUCCUCGCUCUCUGCCAGAUGUACGACUUCGUGGCGUAUCGAUUCGGUGGUCUUGGUCUUAAGCAGUAUCCCGCCAUUGGCCAGGCAGCUGCCGUUGCGUUCUUGGCUGUCGCCAUCACUGUCUUCACCGUCUAUUCCCCUCUUGUUUACGGAAAUCCCUGGACCCGGGAUCAGUGCAACAGUGUCAAACUGUUUGGCACCUGGGAUUGGGACUGCAACAACUUCCUCACCUCAUAUGACCAGUAUAACUCCCAGACAGUCGUCCCCUCCAUCUCAGCUCCCUCAUCAGCAGCACCGCCACCUCCUCCCGCCGAACCUCCGGUCCAACAAGAGCAACCCAAGGACGAAAAAAAGCCGGAAGGGGUGGUAUCAGAGAAGCCCGCGGUAUCCCCUCCUCCACAGGGCGCUCCAAAAGAGCUUCCCAUCCUCUCCAAAGAGGAGCGCAUCGAGUUCCGCGACGAGAACGGCCGCGUGCUCAACGACGAAGAGGUGGCAGCACUCGCCGGAAAAGUAAGUUUCAAAACGCGCUAUGAGACGCGGACGCGCAUCGUAGACGCCCAGGGCAACGAGAUCCAUGAAGCGCUUGUGAAUGCGAGGGAUGUGGACGGCGACGCACCCCAGGGUGUUGCGCCACCGCAUCCUGACGCCGAGGGCCCGCACAAGGAGACACUGGAGAAGGGCGAGGCAGAAGCCAGUGAGGCGCCGCCUACCGUUGAGGCUGCCGAGGACCAGAGGAAGGAGAAGAGCGUGGAAGGGCAGGCGAAGAAUCCCAAGCCUGCUUCCGAGGCGCAAGCCGCAACGAAGGAGUAAAUGGAUUGUCUGUUCAGGGGUUAGCACGCUAGCAUAGAGGCUAUAAUGACUUGACUUCGCCUCUUGCUAUGAAACUCGGAAAAAGAUGGGUUAGCAUUCUCAUUCUCCUUUGUGCGUCUUCUUCUUUUGUACCAUAGGGAUAUCUUGGAG